CCCUUCCCUGCUACAUUCCAUGUGCAAUUUGGUGAUUGCUGCAUACAUGCUCUUUUUUUAAUCUCCCUAUGAUCACGCUAUGUGAUGUUAGAUUCCCUUCUCCAUCUCCAGCCGUUGAAUCAGGCUUAAUUAGUCAAUGUGCAUGCAUCGGUUUUGUUAAUGCAAAUGUUCUCUGAUCUGGCCUUCAGUUCGGCUACCACAGCCCAUAUUACGAGUUCUAUUUUCCACUAUCAACUGAGCACCACAUAAAGGUUCAGAGGCAAAAAAAAAAAAAACUCUUUGCUCAGGGGAGUUCAAACUGAUUGCAGCCAUGGCUGAUGGCACUGGUCUAUGAUAUGGGAGUUUGCGAUUGGGGCUGCUCUAAACUACGAUUUCCUCCAUACCACGUCCUGCCUGUCACCCGUUUAAAAAUGGAGGAUUUUUCCUCUUGGAGGCAAAGAAGAGAACAAGUUUUCAAAUCGGGGCGCAUGCAUGUGACCGUGACUGCUCCGCAGAUAGCUCCAUCGCAUUGCACAAUGCCCCCCUGUCUUGUUCUUGAGCUCGGCGCCAAGGCGGGGGCGGUGGUCCACUUGUCGCUAACCACAUCUGUAAAGCCCCGCCCUUUUGAUCCCGUGCUUGCACACCGGGAGAUUAACUUAAUGCCAUUGCCGCUGCUCCUUUUCUCGGUUCCUGCCUCUCCGCUAGGCUGCUCGCUCCCCUUCUCCUCCACUUCGCUCCUUUCGGCCUCGGAUUCUUCGGUGUUCUUCCCACCAUUGCGUCUCUCGGUUUCUCUGCAUCCGGUUUGAGCUGGAAAUCUUGAGCCAUUCCGGAUUUCAUUUCAGAAGGAAUCCACAGUGUGGAUUGGUUCACUACUUGUUCUGGUUGAGGUUUCUAUCUUUUGCUGCCGUUUGGUAUGAGGAGGGAAACUGAAAUCUCCUGCUUGUUAUAACCAUGCUAUCUCUGAACAAAAUGCAUUUUCUCAAGCUGUAUUCCAGCAGUACGAGCGGGAGGAAUGGCUCCUUGGAACACCCUACCCGGACGUCUCCCCAGGGAGCCACCAAGACGGGCCGGCCGGCGAGGGGGGCCGGGCCGGACUCCGCCGCCGACAGGCCGUCGACCAAGUCGCCCACCGGGAGGAGCCCCAAGGUGGAACGCCGCAUGACGAUGAGCGCGGAGAGAGAGAAAAGGAGGCCACCGACGAAGCUAUCGGAGAUGGAGUCCCAGCUCUCUCAGCUGCAGGACGAGCUCAAGAAAGCCAAGGAACAGCUGCUCUCCACCGAACACUCCAAGCGCCGCGCCCUGCAGGAGGCCGAGGACGCCAGGGCGCGGGCGGCGGCGGCGUCCGCGCAGGUGCGCGACUCCGAGGCGCAGCUCGCCGAGCUCUCCUCCGCCGAGGAGACCCGCCUCCACGAGCUGCGCCGGCUGUCCCAGGAGCGCGAUCGCUCGUGGCAGUCGGAGCUGGAGGCCAUGCAGAAGCAGCACGCCGCGGACUCGGCGGCGCUCGUCGCGGCCAUGAGCGAGGUGCACCGCCUCCGCGUGCAGCUGGCCGCCGCGGCCCGCGCCGACCGCAAGCAGGACGUGGUGGAGGCGAUGGCCACCAUCGACGAACUCAGGGUGAAGCUGAAGGCGAGCGAGGAAGCCGAGGCGCAGGCGCGCGCCCUGCACGAGGAGUGCAAGCAGCAGCUGGAGGCGAGCCGCGCCACCAUCGAUUCGCUGCUCACGGACGGCUCCAAGCUGAUGGAUUCCUUCAGCCUCGUGGUGAAGGAGCUCGAGGAGUCCCGAGCCAAGGUCAAGGCUCUCGAGGAGGAGAUCACGGAGACGUCGGCGGCGAAGGCCGGCGAGCGUUGCAACUGUUCGGCAUCCGCCUCGGCCUCGGAGGUCGCUGAGCUGAGGUCGGAGUUGGAGUCCACGGAGGCCAGGCACCAAGAAGAGCGGAUCCUAAGCACAGUGGAGACGCAGUGCGCCUACGAGCUCAUGGACCAGAUCAAAAUGGAGUCCGACCUGCGACACGGCAAGCUCGCCGCGGCGCUCGAGAGCGCCAAGUCCGAGGUCAUCUUCCUCAAGGCGAGCCUCUUCGACAAGGACUCAGAGCUGCGGCGCGCCCUGGACGCGAACAAGAAGCUCCAAUCCGAGACGACGAGAGCGGGCAGCACGGACCACGAGCUGAAAGCGCAGCUGCAGGGCGCGCUCCAGGAGAUCGGGCAGCUGAAGCUCGAGCUGCAGCAGUACACCUCCGGGAGGGCCUCGACGAAGGCGACGGAUGCCGACGCGGCGGCGGCGGCGGCGGAGGCGGCGAAGAAGGGGGAGAUGGAGGCCGAGCUGAGGCGGCUGAGGGUGCAGGCCGAGCAGUGGAGGAAGGCCGCCGAGACCGCCAUGGCGCUGCUCACGGUGGGCAAGGGCGGCAGCAACGGGAAGGUGGUGGACCGGAGCGAGUCGCUCGAAGGCGGCGGCGGCGGCGGCAAGUACGCGGGCCUGUGGGACGAGCUCGACGACGACGCGGCGGCCAGGAAGAACGGCAACGUGCUCAGGCGGAUCAGCGGCAUGUGGAAGAAGUGAGGCUGAUCACUUCGAUCAGUAUCAACUGAUCAUAUUUCCUCGUGUAGUAAUUGUUUUUUGCCGGGUUGCUUUGGUACAAAAAGGAAAAGGAAAAAAACCAUAGGAGUGCUUGUACUUGGUUGGGUUAAUACGUGGUAUAUGAAGGGUUAAUUCA